AUGACGUCACAAGCUGUGUACUGUCUCAGUCUUCAGAUACGUCCAACGGCCGAGGAGGGCAAUGCAACGGCAAACGCAGGCAACGGUGGCAGUGAGCAGCAGCAGCAGCAGCAUCUGGUCGGUAAACCGGUGGCGUCGGCCCCCGGGACGGCUACGGUGGUCUCGAGCACCCCAACAAUGGUGAGCGCAACCACGGGCGGGACGCUGUUAAGCGGGCUGGAAAAAUCCGGCGUCACCAUCUCCGCCGAAGCGUCCCGAGCCCUGCAAUCCCACGCCAUCCAGAUCGCCCACUCACAGAUGGUGACGACGAGCUCGAGCCCGGCAACGGUGACCGUGGCAACGUCGCAACAGCAGCAACAGCAACCUCACAACAACAUCAUCCUGGUGCGUGGCUCUCGAUCCGAGAACGGUCAGAUCAUUCUGCAGAACACGCACGAGCUGCUGAGCCUGCUGAACGACGAGGACAAACCGAUCUUCCUGCAGCACCAGCGCCUGACGACUGCCACCGCCGGAACGACCACCAUCGGGAAGGCGCACACCGCGAAGGCACUGAGCGAGACCUCUGGAGGGACUGGUGGCGCGAGUACGAUCCUUUUCCAGCCCGCCAUCAAGGGUGGCACACUCGAGGGGCUCAGUGGCGUGGGUACGGGAGCCAGCACGAUCCUGCUGCAAUCGGAUGCACUCAAAAAAGGCACCACAUUGGAUGUCGGCUCGACGACAACGGUUGGUGGCGGUGGUGGUGGACCGAUCUUUCUGCAGCAACGUCUCAGCAAAAAUGGCACCGAGGGUCCGAUUUUGUUGCGCACGCUCAAGCGCCUUGAUAAAUCACAAUCGAUUCUGGUGAUACGCAACGCGACGACCGCUGGAACGGUGACGACGGCCGGAAGCACGGUGGUGGCAGCUUCGGCGGCUGCCGCUGGAGGACUUUCCGUCUCGACGGCUGGUGGAGCCACGCUCGCGAAAGUGAAACCCAUUUCGACGCCCACGACGACAGUGGUGACGGUGACGGCUGCUCCGGUUGGUGGUGCUGCUGGGAGUGUGGCUGCGGUGGCCGGUGGUAAGGUGCGACGUGGACAGGAUGAUGCGGAAGAGAAAAAGGAGACGGUUACGGUGACGAAGGCCGUUCACAAAUCGAGCAAUAUGCCGUUGGGAACAGAUGGUGAACCGAUCAAACUUCCGGAUAAUUUGGAGAGUUUACCCCGGGCGGACCAUUUCCCAACCCAACGACACCGGUGGAAUACUAAUGAGGAAAUCGCGGCAAUCCUAAUCAGCUUCGAUAAACAUUCCGAAUGGCAGUCGAAGGAGGUGAAAACCAGACCCAAGAGCGGCUCGAUGCUGCUGUACUCUCGCAAAAAGGUACGCUACCGACGCGAUGGCUACUGCUGGAAGAAGCGCAAGGACGGUAAGACAACACGCGAGGAUCACAUGAAGCUGAAAGUGCAAGGCACGGAGUGCAUCUACGGCUGCUACGUACACUCGGCCAUCCUGCCAACGUUUCACCGGCGUUGCUACUGGCUCCUGCAAAACCCAGACAUCGUGCUCGUGCACUACCUGAACGUACCGUACCCGGACGACAACAAGAUGGCAGUCAUCACACCCAACCUGGCGCUGUGGGGUGACAAGAAAGAGUGGACAAAGGAAGAACUCGUCAGCCAGCUGAAGCCCAUGUUUUUUCCCACAGUUUUCAGCGAGGACGAACCGGACGCGGCGAACGAGAUCGAAAUCUCGACGGCCGAAACGGUCGAAGCGAUCGUAAGCCAGCUGAUGGAGAAACAACGAAUGGCGCGCCAAACGGCGCUGGUGAAGCAGCUCGAAUGUGGCUGCCCGGAUGCGAACUGUGCUGAUGGCAAGUCCUGUUCCCAUCCGAUGAGACGCAUCAGUGCGGCAAAGGGCGCUCAGGAGCUGGGAAAACGACCGGAUGGACAUGGUACCGGAACGGCUCCAAACGUGCUGAUCGGCUCACGGAUGUAUCCCCGUUGGUUGGACAACCGACGGAUGGCCACUGGUCGGCAGGUGGAGCAACAACAACAGCAGCAACACUCGCAACAACACACCAUCCUCGAUCCAAACGGAGCUCGCGCCAUCACACCCAAGACGCUCGAUUCGUCGAUACACUUCCAGGUCAUUCCUACCUCCGGGCAGAACCUCACAGGACCGAAUGCAAUUAGAGCUGGCCCUCAGCCGCUUGGUGGCGGCAAUGGUGGCUCACAAUUGACAAACGUCAGCAAUCACAUCACCAACGGCACACCGGGCAAUCAUCUCGCGGCACACCGAUCGGCGAUGAUUAUCACCAGCAAUCAGCACCAGCAACAGCAACAGCAACAGCAACAGCAGCAACAACAACAACACCAUCACCCACAGCAGCAGCAACAGCAUCCUGGCGGCCAUCCACACCAACAUGGGCUCACGAUGAAUGGCAGCAGCAGCAGUGGUUCGGGCAGUAGCAAUCAGCUGACCACCAUCGGGCACGCAGCACAAGUGGGACCACCAAAUGUGGUCCAAAAUGGGGCAGGAUCGAAUGACCAGCGUACGAACGCACCCGGUAACAGUGAGGCUCAUAUAUCACUCAUCAGCCAGAGCCAACGUACGGCGAAUGGGCUCGCGGUGAGUGCGCGUCUUCAAACCGUUGAAGGACCUGCUGGAGUGGGUUCGAACGGUGUCAAUGGAACCGGUGGGUUGAUGGCGAAUGGAGCCACCAAUGGGCAGACGAACGGUGGUGGUGCGACAGUUCAUCACAAUCGAAUUUCGGUUAAUAACACCGUCAGCAGUGCGUCGGUCGUAACGUCUACACCACCGCUGGUGCUGAGUUUGGGUCAGAACAUCGGAACGCCGGGAAGUCUGCUGAUCCUGAACGGUCAACAGCAGUCGUACGUGUGCCAAUCGCAGCACCAAAAGGCAAAAGAUUCCGUUGACUCAUCCAUCAAGACGGAAACCGGAUCCGGAACGAUCGCGAAGCAGGAAAUGAUGGACGCAUCGUCCUCGCCUGUUCCAUCGCUAACUCAGCAACAGCAGCAAGUUCGCCAGAACUCAACGCAACCGUCCAGCGGUUCACCAUCGUCCUCGUCGGUUACCACCGGUGGCACAUCCUCGGGUAGCUGCUCCGACAAGCAAUCGUUCGAGAGCAUCUUCGGGUAUCAGGAUCACACACCGAUGGCGAGUCCUGGCCAGGUCGGUCUCGAGAAUGGUGGCACGACGCAUCAUCACGAUAACUUGCCGUUCUUCAACGAAACGCUCGAUCUGUCACAGGAGGACAUCCAGAAGACGCUGAGUGCGAACAUGCCGCUAGGUGGGCAUGUCACUGGUCAUGACACGACACCGACGGAUGACGCCAUGAACGGUGAGAUCAACCCGAUGGACUUCAUCGAGAAUUGUGGUGAUAACCACGGUACGGUUGAUGACGAUGUGUUCGUGAAUCUGGACGCGUUUGACAUGCUGGUGGAGUUUCCCGAGCUCGAGCUGGAUGCUAAGAGUGAGUUUUUGCGCGACGGAACUGAUGAUGGUACGGAUGACGGUACGACCGACGAGCUUGCUAGAGAUGGCACUAGCCGGCUUGGUCAGUACAAGCACGUCCAGAACGAACAGCAAUCGCAGCAGCAGCAGCAGCAACAGUCGCUCGCGAAUGCGUCCACCAUAACGGACUUUAGCCCGGAAUGGGCAUACCCGGAGGGUGGCAUCAAGGUGCUGGUGACCGGACCGUGGAGUGCCAGCUCCACCUAUACAGUAUUAUUCGACUCGUUUCCGGUGCCGACGACGCUCGUGCAAGAUGGCGUGCUGCGGUGCUACUGCCCGGCGCAUGAGGUCGGUGUCGUGACGCUGCAGGUCGCCUGUGAUGGUUUUGUGAUAUCCAACGCGGUCAACUUUGAGUACAAAUCCCCGCCAAAGCUCGAGACGAAGUGUGAAGCCAACGGUAACGAUAUGCUGUUCAAGUUCAACCUGCUGAAUCGGCUCGAAUCGAUCGACGAGAAGCUACAGAUCAAGGUAGAACCGGGGGAGUUGCCCGAGGACACGCUCCUGUUCAAGCAGAGCAACUUCGAGGAUCGGCUGGUGAACUACUGCAAGACACUGACCGCGAAGAUGUGGCGCUCCGUCACGCCAGGUCCGUUCAUUGACAAGCACCAGGGUGGAAUGACGCUGCUACAUCUGGCUGCGGCGCUAGGAUACGCCAAGCUGGUGCGUACGAUGCUCACCUGGAAGGCGGAGAACUCGAACGUCAUCCUGGAAGCGGAGAUUGAUGCUCUCAGUCAGGAUAAAGAAGGCUACACGCCACUGACACUGGCUUGCGCUCGAGGCCACACCGAGACGGCCAUCAUGCUGUACAAGUGGAACCAGAACGCGGUGAAUGUUCGCACGAUCGCACAGAAGAGUCCGGUUGAGGUGGCCCGAGAUCAUGGUCACACCGAGCUGGCCCGUGAGCUGGAACGUCAGGAGCAAGAGCGCGUACACCUGCAACAGCGCACGCCUACGAGUGCUUCCAUUCCGACGCUUGCCUCCAUCGCGUCCUCGACGACAUCCUCCGCCAUCGGUACGACGGCCGCAUCCUGUUCCGCUUCGCCAAACGUCCUGCCAAACGCCGCCCGCUCGAAUCACUCUUCCAGUGCGUCCUCACCGGCCGCAUCACCCUCGCAAGCGUCCUCGGGGGUUGACGGUUCCAACGGGUCAAAUCGGAUCGCAGGUACCGAACUCCUGAGCAACCUGAACGAAAGCAAUAGCAGCAACAGCAACAGCAGCACGAGCUCUGGCAGUGGUAAAACCCCGGAUGGGAACAACAACAACGUGCAUCCGUGCAACACCUCGAGUGAUCUGGCGUCUCUUGAUGGCGGUUCGAUGCACAACUUCCUGAACCUGAAUCAGAUCUUCAGCUACGGUGAGGGCCUGCAUGGUGCCAACAGUGACAGUUGCAGCAACGACAACUUCGGUUUGGUGGCGGCCUUCAAUCCGUCGCUUUCGCCAAACGCCCUUUCACCGUACAGCGACAUGAAGGGUUCGUGCUCGUCGAGUAGCUCGCAACCUGGUGGGCUUCAUUACGGGCUGGAGAACACCAACUCGAAUCCGAUGCUUUCGAACGCACUCUCGCCCAAUUCGGACAGCAAUCGGAGCCACGAUGGUGUUUUCCUGCGACCCGGUGCCGUUUACUCGAGCCAAAGUCCUCCCGGUGCGCGACUUUCGAAGCGAUCCUCGAUCGACAGUGGCAUCAACAUGGACAGCCGAUCGUCGGGGCUUGGUCGCACGGGCAAAGCGUUUCGUGAGGCGCAACGUGGAACACGGAUGGAUCGCAGCAUGUCCUUGCCGUUGGCAUCGGGCACCAGUGGUCCUGGUGGAAAGAGCCAACCAGGCACGCUGUCCGGUGCUGGUGGAAACGAUCGGGACACGGACAGUUUCUCGCUAUCACUCAGCGAACGCACCACGGAAUCACCGUCGCAGAUCUCGAGCAACGUUUCGCUGCUAUCGCCGCUGCGCAAGAUGGACUUUGCACUGUGUGAGGUUUCGGCCACGGAAACCAGCCCCAUGUGCGAGGACGCGGACUCCCUGCAGGAGGACGACUGCCACCGACCGCACCAUCAGCAUCCUGAUAGCAUGGAGCUGGGUCAAGGGGGCAGUGUUAAUGGUGCGGGCGCCGUUACGAGCGCCGUAGGGGAGUCCGAUGCGAAAGUGCUCACUCUGGCGGAGCAGAUAAUAGCCGCCAUGCCCGAGCGCAUAAAGAAUGAAUCUGAAGAUACCAUGUACCUUGGCAGCCCACUGCCAGAAUCACUGAACGAGGACACGUCCGGAAUGGGUAUCCUGAACGACACGUUCAUGGAGCCGCUGCUCGAUUCGCUGCCCUCAUCGCAGUUCGAUCAGGAGUUUAAUUUCGAGUUCAGUGAUCACAAUUAUCGCUAUCACGACGUCGGUACGCCCUGUUCGAGUCUUAGUCCCGCAUCCUCUGGACCGUUGCAGUCGCCCGCCAGCUACUCGAUACCACAGGAUCAUCCCGUAGGAUCGCCGAGUCCUCCGCCUACCACGCAGGACUUUACGGAGUUCUUGCAGUCCACAAAUAGCACCGUGCGCCCGUUCGAAGCCGACUUCUCUAAUCUAAAGCUCAAUGAUCGUGAACAACGCGAGCUCUACGAAGCGGCCAAGUGCAUCCAGAAGGCGUACCGAUCGUACAAGGGCCGUAAGAGCCGCAUGGAGGAACAGGACAAGGAACGCACGGCAGCCGUCGUCAUACAGAACUACUACAGGCGCUACAAACAGUACGCCUACUACCGGCAGAUGACGCAGGCCGCACUCGUCAUCCAGAACGGCUAUCGGUCGUACUGCGAGAACAAGCGGUUCAAGAAGUCCCAAAGCUCCCAGCAGGGCCAGCAACCGGUGACGAGCAGCGAAGAGGAGAAAGCCUCCUCGCAGUGCAUCGAAACGUACUACCAGAACUUUCGCAACGAGCAGAAGCAGCAACAAUCGCCUCAACAGCAACAGCAGAACAAUCAGCAGGGUGGUUCCGCCUCAAAGGAACCAAGUCCAUCGGGUCCCUUGAAACGAACUUAUUCGCAACGAACUCAAAAUCAGGCCGCCAGGAAGAUACAGCAGUUUAUGAGACAAUCGAAAAACAAUACAUGGGAUGAGCAAAUGACUAACUUGGCUACAGAGAGAACGAGCAGAAAAAGAGAGGCUGGUCCACCUACGCAGGGUGGAGUACCUCCAAAGCUUGCAGUGCCCCGAACCGCCCGAGGUACCACCUACCAGCGCUCGAAGGUGAACUGA